AUGCUUCACAAUAUUUUCACGAAUUCAUUGACAUCGAAUUUCUCGAAAUGUUCCUACAACGAUACUUGGGAGAAUUUUUUGGGAAAAUUCGUCGAAUUGAUGACAGGUGAUUGUCCAACCACUCAAAACAUCACAAAUAGUUGUAUUUGUGAGAUUCUCGCCAUUUAUUUCUAUCGAAUCGCGAUUCUGUUUCAAGUGCACAAAUUGGAGAAAAGGGGAACAUUUGAGGGUUUCGCGAGAGUUUUCAUUUUUUCAUGGCUAGUAGCCGAUUUGUUCGAGACUUUCGCCAUCUUUUUCCAUCACACUCUUCAACCAAUGCGAACGAUGGGAGCUUGCUUUAUUUUAAUGGACUCCAUCAUCGUCAUCAGUAAUCUCUAUCAUGAUUUGAGCACAACCACGAAAUAUUCGCUGUUCUUCAUGAGCUUCUUUGUCGUUUUUCUUGGUCUUCCCAUCGUCGCGGUGUUGAUUGAUGUGAAUCUUCCCGGUGAUCUUCUCGAUGAUUCGGUGAGUGAGACAAAUUUCUGGAAAUGGAACACGGCGAACGAGAAUCAAGUCACUGUCACGCCGUUGAGUUGGCAAUUUCGAUUGCCC